UAUAGAAGUCCAGCAUCAUAACCAUUAUGCCAUCUGCUAGUCCCUCAAGAUCACAUCUCUGCCAUGAGUUUCCAGGAAGUUAUUUCCAGGAGAUUGUCAACAAGGCUAGGCAAGAGAACAAGUUAUUACUAGAUGGCUAGUACACUGUACCAUACUGUAGAGCUGCAAGCAGACCAGGAAGCCUGUCUUUAGCUGAUCUUAUAGCUUCUUUGCUCAUCAACAUUGCAAGUUUGGGUGGUUGGUUAUGCCUACAUUUGUCUGCAAAAUUGACACAUUAACUCAGCUUAGCGAAACAUAAUUUUUAUUAAUUUACUUAUUUUUUUAAGUUGUCAGAUGGUACAUGUGUUUCACAGAGAGAGAGAAGGUGAGGGAGAUGUUGUCAACAAGCUAGGCAAGAGAACAUUUUAUAACUGGAUGGUUCUUUGAGCCUCUUCUGUUUAUCUAUUUCUAUGUAAUAAACCACCCUCAAAACGUAAUGGCUAAAGAAAACAAGAAAGAUUUAUUUUACUUAUGACCCACAGUUUGGACUGGGCCCAGUGAGGACAUGCUCCAUGGCUUCAUCGGGGGCAGUUCAACUUGGGCUGGAGGAUCUGUUUCCAAGGCGGCUUAUUCAGAUGGCUGGCAAUUUCGUGUUGGCUGGGAGCUCAGCCAGGACCAUGGGUUUCACCAUGGUUUGCUUGGGUUUCUUUUUGCAAUUUAUGGCUGGGUUCCAAGGCUAAAUGUUUCAAGGGAUGGUGGUUUUAAAAACCUAGGCCCAGAAAUAGCCACAGCAGUAUUUCCACCAAUUUCCAGUCAGCCAAGUACAUAGCCCAGAUUUCAGAAGAGGAUAUAUAGGCCCCAUUUCUUUCUUUCUUGUUUAUUUUUUCUUCAGAAAAAGAGAGUGAAACAGACAUUCAAGAAAGGGUCCUCAUGCUACAGUCCACCCCAGCUUCAGCCAGCUUGGACCAUGAGAUUUGAACCCAGGACAUGCUCAGAUUGAGACACACCCUCAACAGAGUCCUUACCAAGCCACAACCGCACCCUCCUCCGCCCACAGCCCUCCAGGCAGCCAGAAUCAGAACGCAAUCAUGAGCAUGACUCAGGUCCGGGAUCCGAACGACGGUCUUCCACGUGGCUCCAGCAAUCUCAGAGCAGCCCCCACGAUCUGCCAUCACAACAGCUGGAUCUAAGAAAGAAUAUUUUUAAAAGCUUUUUGUGGUUGGAUAGACAGUAUGCUUAGGAAAUCUGUUAGAAAUCUAACUUAUGUCCAUUCGAGUAAACGGUUUGGGAGCUGUUUCCAAGGCCGCCCAUUUUUACGGCAGAGCGGUGACCAGAAUACCGAGCGAGCACUUCCGUCGGCCUCCAUCGCUCUCUCCUAACACUUAACCCACUCAGGGCUUUUCAUUGCGCGUGCGCAAGGCCCGCCCAACCCCGGAACCUAACCGUUGACCAUAAGGAUUUAAAUCCACGGAAUCCUGAUCCUGGAGCGCCAGCAACGCCCUCGGUUCUCCCAAAGGGUCUGUGAUUGGUCGAGCGUUAAACCGGUGCGGGGCUUUGAUUGGCCAGCCUGUCCAUACGUCACGGCGACUGUGCGUAAUGCCUCCGGCACCGCCACCGCUCCCUGACUGGCGGGAUUUCUGACCAGUCAGCUGGUGCGGCGCGACCUUCAGUUUCGCGAGCCUGUGUUUGCCGCCUCAGUUCCCGCGACCCCAACGUCCCGGAGGCGGGGCUGGUGUCUGCGGAGGCACUCCUUGCAGUUGGCCUGAGUUUCGGCCCAACAAACAGGCCCCGAGUUGGCGUAGGUUGUGGAUACUGAGGAACAAAAUUAGAUGAGUAAUUCACCAAAUGUGAUGGAGCCUAUAUAUCCUCUUGCAAGGGCCCAGAUGAAAACCAGGUUUUCUUCAAGCAAGAUGGUACCUUUCUACUUUCCUCCAUCAAAAUGUGCACUUUGGAACCCAGUACCAAUUGGAGAUUUCAUCUACUUACAUCUCAAUUACUACAGAAAUCCAAAGCUUGUGGUAACUGAAAAGACCAUCCGACUUGCUUAUCGUCAUGCUAAGCAGAAUAAAAAAAAUUUGCUGUGCUUUUUACUUGGUUCUCUCACAGUGGAUGAAGAUGAAGAAGGUGUAACAUUGAGAGUAGAUCGCUUUGAUCCUGGUAGAGAAGUACCUGAAUGCGCAGAUAGAACUCCUAGUGCUUCUCUUCCUGGAGACUUUUUGAUUCCGUGCAAAGUUCAAACUCAAGGACUUUGUUCAAGAGAAAUGCUAGUUCACAAUGCAGAUGACUUCACUUCAACUUUUAAGGCUCUACAGCACCAUGUAUGUAACAAAGAUUUCUUGGAUUGUGGGAAGCUGUUUUCCCUAAGAGCUCAUAUCGCUUUCAGAGAGAGUUUGGACAGUGUGGAGUUUGACUUCCACUGGGCAGCAGUGACUCUAGCAAAUGACUUUAAAUGCACACCUGUGAAGCCCAUCCCUAUUAUUCCAACGGCUCUGGCAAGAAAUUUGAGCAGUAAUCUGAAUAUUUCUCAAGUUCAAGGAACCUAUAAAUAUGGAUAUCUUACCAUGGAUGAAACACGCAAAUUACUACUUUUGCUGGAAUCCGAUCCCAAAGUUUAUUCUCUACCAUUAGUGGGAAUUUGGCUCUCUGGACUUAUACAUAUCUAUAGCCCUCAGGUAUGGGCUUGUUGCUUGAGAUACAUGUUCAGUUCCUUUAUUCAAGAAAGGGUUUUUUCAGAGUCUGGCCAUUUCAUCGUAGUUCUCUAUUCUGUGACACAUAAGGAGCCUGAGUUUUAUGAGUGCUUUCCUUGUGAUAGUAGAAGGCUUGACCUUGGAUUUCAGCUCCUCACCAGCAAGGAAACAUUACAUCUUUUCAAAAAUGUUGAAUCUUCUGACAAAAAUCUAAUCCAUUUUGAACUGCGUACUGAAAGCCAAAAUGCAGAAACAGAGGUUUUCAACAAGGUUUCCAAGAAUCUUGCAAUGAAGAGGUCUUCUCAAAAGUUGUCUCCUGGAAAAAUGCCAAUAAAUGAUCAUGAUUCUGGUGUUGAAGAUGAAGAUUUUUCUCCCAGACCAAUUCCUAGUCCUCAUCCGAUUUCUAACAUUCAGCCAUCAGUACCUGAACUUUCGCUUGUGUUGGAUGGCAAUUUCAAAGAACCAGAUCCUCUGCCUAAUCCAUCAGAAACGGGGAAUAAUGAGAAUCCUCCUUUGUUGGGUAGCCACUCUGAACACUUGAAGCCAUCACAACCCCAACUUUAUGAUGAGAAACAGAGCCCAGAAGUUGUAGCCAGAGAGCCUUCUCUGAGAGGGGUACCAAGUCUGUUAAACCAGAGCAUGGCUCCUUCAAGACACUGCAAAGAACGACAGCCUAAGAGAGAGAACCCCCCCUCCAGGAACAGUAGCAAGCCAUCUACUCUUAAUGGACCAUCUCCAGAAUCAUCUGAAAAGCUUCAAACAGUUUCUGCUGGAAAUGUUCAAAGACAAGAGUAUCCUAUAAGACACUCCACAUUUACUUCUAAGCAGUCUUCUCUCAUGCCACAGUCCCACUCACACAAUUUUGUUUUUUCACCUAAUUCAGGAAAACCAGUGGACUUUCGGGUGCCUACUCCACCACCACAGUCUUUUUAUUCCACAAAUAUUUGCACUUGUUGUCAGCAUCACGGCCACCAUAUUCAAUAUAGUCCAAUAAAUUCUUGGCAAGGCAUAAAUACAGUAGGAUCCAUUCAAGACCUCCAGUCUGAAGCCCUUGCAAAGCAUUCAUUAUUUCAUCCAAGUGGAUGUCCAGCUCUGUACCAUAAUGCAUUCUGUUCUUCAAGUAGUCCAAUAACCUUGAGACCUCAGGGAGGCAUGGGUGGUUCUCCUCACAGCAGUGUAGAACCGUCACCUGUGGCACAACUGCCUUCACAUGUGGACUCGUAUAGCCCACAGCCUUGUGCGGUGUGUAUGCACACACCCAAGACUGGGUCUGACAAUGGAAUGAUGGGACUGUCUCCGGAUGCCUAUCGUUUCCUCACAGAACAGGACAGACAGCUGAGACUACUUCAGGCCCAGAUUCAACGUUUAUUAGAGGCACAGUCUCUGAAGUCCUGUUCCCCUAAGACAACUAUUGUUGAAGACACAGGGCAAGCUGCAAGACAAAUGGAGCUGGUUUCCAUGGAAGCACAGUCUUCUCCAGGCUUGCAGAUGAGGAAGAGUGUAAGCAUUGCUGUGAGCACCGGUGCUAGCCUGUUUUGGAAUGCAGCAGGUAACGAUCAAGACUGCGACUCUCAGUUGAAGCAAGAUGACACCAAGAUUUCUAGUGAGGACAUGAACUUUUCUGUUGAUAUUAAUAAUGAAGUCACAAGUCCUCCUGGGAGUGCAUCUUCAUUAAAAGCAGUUGAUAUCCCCAGUUUUGAAGAAAGCAACAUUGCUGUGGAAGAAGAGUUUAAUCAGCCAUUUACCAUAUCCAACAGCUCUUCUCCUGCUAUGAGAACAGGACCUGAUGUGCCUGUCUUCUUUCCCAACGCCCUGCCGGCAGAGAGCGUAAGCACGGGCCUGCAGCCUGGACCAACAGAGGGUGCUAAUGACAACUCUGCAACAAAAGGGGAACCAAAAAUCGAGCAAGUAAUGCAACCCUUGCCUCAUCAACCAUCAGAUAACCAGAAAGUGUACCAGGAUUUAUUGGAUCAAGUGAACCACCUAUUAAAUAAUCCCUCCAAAGAAACUGAGCAGCCAUCAACCAAAGCAGUAAUUAUCACCCAUGAACGUACCAGAACCCAAAAUGUUUACCAUACAAAGAAAAAAACACACGAUUCAGGACUAGCGGACAGAGAUGGUGUUUUUAAUGCAACUCUUAAGCAACUAAGAAGCCUUGGAGUAAAAAUUGAUUCUCCCACUAAAGUGAAGAAAAAUGCACAUAAAGUGGAUCAGGCCAGCGUGCUGGCAUGCAUCAGCCCAGAAGCAGUGAUCUCUGGAUUAAACUACAUGUCAUUUGCUAAUGUUGGCAUGAGUGGCUUAAGCCCCAACGGUGUGGAUUUGAGCAUGGAGGCAAAUGCUAUAGCACUGAAAUAUUUAAAUGAAAAUCAGCUGUCACAGCUGUCUCUCACUCGAUCAAACCAAAAUAAUGGUGACUCGUCUUUUAGCCUUCUGCAUAUUAACACAGACAGAAGCACAGUGGGACUUAGUUUAAUUUCCCCAAGCAACAUGUCAUUUGCAACCAAAAAGUACAUGAAGAGAUACGGACUCAUACAAAGCAGUGACAAUAGUGAAGAUGAGGAGGAUCCUCCCAGUGAUACAGAGGGCAAGAGCGAAUGUUUAUCUGCACCCGAACAACUUGGCUUCCGGAAAGACCCUUCAAGGAAUGCCUGUGAAAUCAUUAGCUGUCAUAACUGUGAGUCUGUGAGCACCCACACAGAUAUACCAGUAUUGAGAAAUAUAACAAAUGAAGUUGUGCAGCCCAAAGCUGCACAGCAGUUGAAUGAAAACCCAGUUUAUUCACUAAAGAACCCUAAGCCAAGUCCUACAGUGAACCUCCGAACUGGAAAAGCAGAGUUUACCCAACAUCCUGAGAAAGAAAAUGAAAGGGACGUUCCAAUUUUUCCUGAAAAUGUGCAACCUUCUGAAACUUUAAAGCAAAUGAAUAGCAUGAAUUCAGUAGGCACCUUCUUAGAUGUAAAACGUCUCAGACAGUUGCCCAAAUUAUUUUAAAAGUUUAACUUCUUCCCCUUCUGAUAUGGGGACUGAGUUAUCUCCUAGACAUAUUUAGAGAAGCCAGAGCCCUCUGAUAGUUUUGGAAUUCCUAGCCAUUCAAGCCUAUUUCUUAAUGUCUCGUCAUUUGCAAAGAACUGACCAAGUGACUUGAUUGUUUAUGAAAUGGCUAGCGAGAGAGCGAAAUUCUCAUUCCGGUGGAGCCAUUCAGCAUCA